AUGACAGACGUCAGUAGAGUAUUUAUUCAGUUGAACGAGGGAUCGAAGGAUGGGGGUGAGCUUGUCUCAGUAACUGGGAACUUUCACAUCGACAAAGCCGUGAUUCGAGCCUUACCUUCUGGUGUCACACCUCUAUCCACAGAGGAUUAUGGGUCCAGCGCAUGGACUUUCACGGGCAAGAUAAACGCAAAGGAAGAUGGGUCAGAUACCAUUUUCUUCCUCAAAACGGCCAUCGGCGAAGAGGGCUCUGUGAUGCUUCGAGGCGAAUUCGAAUCGUCCAAGAUCAUACAUGCCAUCACACCUCACCUCAUCCCAGAGCCUAUAGCCUUCGGACAGUAUGAACAAGCAACCACUGCCACCUUUUUCUUCCUCUCCGAGUUUGUCGUCAUGGAAACAAACUCUGCGCCCGAUUCAGAUCAACUAGGACAAAAGCUCGCUGAGCUUCACAGAGAAAGUCAAACGCCCACUGGAAAGUUUGGGUUCCAUGUCCAAACUUGCGAUGGACGAAUGCCGCACACUGUAGAUUGGCAGGAUGACUGGCCCACAUUCUUCAGUCAGCUUCUAAGGGGAAUCUGCAAGAUUGAUACUGAAGUGAACGGGCAUUGGGCAGAGUUUGAGCGUGCCACUGAUCAAAUCAUCACAAAGGUGGUUCCCCGGUUGCUUGGUGGCUUGACAAGCAACGGUAAACCGAUCCAGCCAUGUAUUGUUCAUGGGGACCUCUGGGAGCCUAAUAUUGGAAAACGAAAAGACACUGGUGAACUCAUUCUCUUUGAUGCUAGUUCAUAUUGGGGACACAACGAGAUGGAUCUAGGUUUGUGGAGAGCAGACUUCUGUCAACAUCUACGACCCAAUCUAGAAAAGUACGUGGAUAGCUACAUGCGUCACUUUCCCGCGGCCAAUCCAGUGGAGGAGUUCUACGAUAGAAACAGACUUUAUAGUCUGAAAGCAACCAUCAACUAUUCAGCUGGACAUCCUGGCUGUGUUACCCGGCAUUCAGCAUAUAACAACAUGUGCUAUCUUUGUGAGAAAUAUGCACCGAUUGAGGGUAUUGACAAGUACGAUCCAGCGAUGGAUCCUGUUAUUACUGGGGUCGGCUUACGACCUGACUUUGAGAAAAACGAUUGA